AUGCCUACCACCCUUACUCGCAAGCUGGGCAAGAACGGCCCCGAGAUCCCCCCCGUUGGCUUCGGCCUCAUGGGCAUUGGCAUCGACUGCUACGGUGCAACCGGCAAUGACGAGGAGCGCCUGGCCGUGCUCGACCGCGCCUGGCAGAUCGGGUGCACCCACUGGGACACGUCCGACACCUACGGGGACUCGGAGGAGCUCAUCGGCAAGUGGCUCAGGCUGCACCCCGAACGCCGCGCAGACGUCUUCCUGGCCACCAAGUUUGGCAUCUCGGCCGAGGCCCUGCCCGACGGGACGUACAAGGGCAGCGUCAACAGCACGCCCGAGUACGCCAAGGCGGCCUGCGAAAGGAGCCUGAAGCGGCUGGGCGUCGACACGAUCGAUCUGUACUAUGCGCACCGCGUAGACGGCAAGACGCCCAUUGAGAAGACGGUCCAGGCCAUGGCUGAGCUGAAGAAUGAGGGCAAGAUCAAGUAUCUCGGCUUCUCUGAAAUCUCGGGCGACAGCCUCCGCCGAGCCCACGCCGUGCACCCCAUCUCGGCCGUGCAGGUCGAGUACCACCCCUGGGCCCGCGAGAUCGAGGGCCCCAAGUCCAAGCACCUCCUGCGGGCCUGCCGCGAGCUCGGCGUGGCCGUCGUCGCCUACUCGCCGCUGGGCCGCGGCAUCCUGACGGGCCAGCUCACGUCAACGUCGGACCUCGAGGCGUCCGACUACCGCAACAGCCUGACGCAGUUCAAGGGUGACAACCUAACGAAGAACCUGCGGCUGGUGGACAAGUUCAAGGAGGUUGCGCAGAACAAGGGGUGCAGCCUCUCGCAGCUGGCGCUGGCGUGGCUGCUUGCCCAGGGAGACGACAUCUUUCCCAUUCCCGGCACGAAGAAGGUCAAGUACCUCGAGGACAAUUUUGGCGCCCAGGACGUGAGCUUGACGGCGGAGGAGGCGGGCGAGAUUCGGAAGCUGGUGGAUGAGCUGGGAGUUGCGGGCGAGCGUGAUGUUGCGUUUAACGAGUAUGCCGAUACGCCUGCUCUCUAGGGGGG